AUUGGUAGAGCGGUAGGAUAGUUAGGAUUAAUCGCACUGGAAAAUUGUGCCGAAGGUAACAUUAUAAUGGUCUAAUAGUUCGCAUGUAGUUAUCGCCUUAUUUCAUACUCUCUUUAAAGCGCUUUUAAAGCCUCUAUUGUACAGUGUUUAUUCUACAGAGAGAAGCGGCUGCUCUCUGAAGAAGGUUUAAGAGUCCCAAGGAGUAUAUCCUAACAGCAAACGUUUCCACAUGGCCGAACCAAACUUCCCCCCACUGCCGGGAUUCAUCCCCCUCAAGCCCUGCUUCUACCAAGACUUUGAUGAAAUCCCUGAGCAGCACCGCAGCAUGUGCAAAAAAAUGUACCACCUGUGGAUGUUGAAUAGUGCCACUCUUGCGGUGAAUCUCAUUGGCUGCUUUGCUUGGAUGUUUGGUGGAGGUGGAGUUACCAACUUCGGGAUGGCUAUCAUCUGGCUCAUUAUGUUCACCCCCUGCUCUUAUGUCUGUUGGUUCAGGCCCAUCUAUAAAGCCUUCAAGAGUGACAGCUCCUUCAACUUCAUGCUGUUCUUCUUUGUGUUUAUGGCCCAAGUUGGCAUCAGCAUCAUCCAAAGCAUUGGCAUCCCUGGAUGGGGAGUGUGUGGUUGGCUGGCAACAAUCUCCUUCUUCAGUUAUAAUAUUUUGAUUGCACUAAUCAUGCUGGUCCCAACUAUCAUGUUUACUGCCGUGGCUUCACUGUCCUUCAUUGCUCUGACCAAGAUCCACAAUUUCUACCGCGGCAGUGGGGGAAGCAUGUCCAAAGCUCAGGAGGAAUGGACCACAGGAGCCUGGAAGAACCCUCAUGUCCAGGCAGCAGCUCAGCAGGCAGCCAUGGGGGCGGCUGCUGGAGCCAUGCAGGAUCAGUACUCCAGCCCACAAUAUAACGCAAACCAGAUGUAGCAAUCUCAAAGGGGAGGUGUCAAAGAAAUUAAAGUUAUGCCAAAGUUUAAGAAACAGAGUUAGGAAGAUCUUAUCAUAUCCCAGAAAUACUUCAGAGUUAAAGGAGUUGUCAUAUUUGCUCAUGUUCAAGGAGAGCUCCAGCUGCAUAAUUGCACCAUGUUCAGUUCUGACACUCACUUUGAUUCAGAAAACCAGGUUUUCAGUGUUUUGAAGCAGUUGCAUCAUUUGGCAAACAAGUAGGCUACCUUUGAACAUCUCUGGGAUGGUUUGAAUCUUCCUGUGUUACUGUAAAAGGGCAUGCUAAUUAUUUGUAGUAUUUUAUAUUCCAUCGUGUGUUUUAUCUGUUUGUGAGAUUGAAAUGAAACUAGUUCUGAAUGUGUGUUACUUUAAUAGCAAUGUUUACAACAGAUACAAAACAAAUGUUAAAUUUUGCCCUAAUGAAGACUUAACGUCAUUUAUACUUAUGAGAUUUACUAUUGCACUGUUUUGCUGAUGGAAUAACACGGGUGUAAUGUAAUUUCAGUCAGUGUUUUUACAUGACAAAGGAAAACAAAAACAAAAAAUCAAAGAUCUGAUGUAAUUUUGUCAAUUUACUUUGAGUUAUGCCACUUUCUGUGACCUCAACAUUAUUUCAUCAUAUUUCUUUGCAGUUUAUCAGUUAUUGCACUAUAAAAUGAAAGAAUGUGGUAAUGAUUAAAAGAUGUCAGCCUGUAUUACAAUAUAUAACAGUAUUAUUGCAAGUGUUCAGCUGGAUUUAAAUAGAAAUAGAAAAUCUUCUUGAAGCUGCCUCUUUGAUGUAUUAAAAGUUGUUGACGUUUCUGUUUUUCAGAUGAAUAUUAUAAAAUAAUGAUUUCUUUAUAAUGUUUGGCAAAGUCUGAAAAAAACCCCUAACAUAUUCUGAUGUCUAGUUCAUUAGAAAAAUGGCAGUUUUGUACUGAAUAUUAGUAUAGCAUGUGUUCUGUUGCAAAUUAAGUCCAUUUAGAAGACACCUGCCUGUUGCUGUAUGGCUGUUUGACCACACAGAGGCGCUGAUGUUUUAGUUUGUAAUAAAAAUCUCCAACUCGUACAGA